AUGUUAUUAGAAAUCAAAAAUUUCUAAUUUAUUCCUUAAUCAUUAAUAAUCUCACUUGACAAUGUCUUAACAAUCAAAGUUCUUAAAAUAUAAUCAAACAGUCAGAUUUAUUGUUAAGAAAGAUAUUUUAUUUUGGCAAUUUCAUAAAGUAACUAAUAAGAAGAGGAAGAAGAGAUAGAAACACCUCCACUUUAUGAAAAUCAAACAUUUAUUUAUAAGUUCACUAAAGAAGGAAAUUAUUUAAUUCAAUGUCUGAAUUCUAUACCUUUUAAAGCAUAUAUUUCAGUAAUAAAAAACGAUAAGGAGAUAUGUGUUAUCUAAAAGAUGAAACAAACUAUAAAUAUUGAAAAAAAACCUUUAAAACUAUAACCAAAGAUUGAUAUAUAUGCACCUGAAAACAGAAAGCUUAAAAUGUUAGGCAGUCAAGAAACAAGCAUGGCAUCUACAAUAAUUCUAGAGCAAAUUAAAGAAAAAUGUUUAGGAGAAGAUGAAAAUAUUGAUAUAGUAGAUUUGAUAAUGAAUAAUAAAUCAAAUAGUAAUAUCGAAACAGUGUCCACCUUUAACAGUUCUUUCUAGUAACCAUAAAAUUUAAUGAAGAUUAAGACUGACACAUAUUCUGAUACUGGAAAAUCAGAAUUUAAUACCAUUUUAGAUAGGAAAAGUUCUGAUCCAAUUGUUUGCACUUCUAAAGUUUAAGAUAGGAUAACACCUACUAGAUAAAAACAAUUGUAAUUUAGUAUUUUUGAAAAAAUUCAAUAAGCAAUUUUAGAUUCAAAACAUUGUGAAAUUGAUAUUAUAAAGAAACAAGCAGAGUUCAAGCUAAUUCAUUGUAAAGGAUUGAGCAUAAUAAACUAUUUGGAGAUAGGUAUAUUAGUCUUUUAUAUUUAGAAUAUGUUAUGAACAUCUCGAAUAAAGCUAAUGUAAAUAAUGAAAUACAGAAUUGA